GUGAGGAGAGGACUACUGCUCAAGUGAGUAGUGCAGGGCUGCAAGAUUUCUUGAGGCUGGUUGAUGGUAAGCUGGACCAAUGAUGGAAUUACAGACAUUACAGGAGGCGCUGAAGGUGGAAAUACAAGUCCAUCAGAAACUAGUUGCACAAAUGAAGCAGGACCCCCAGAAUGCUGACCUGAAAAAACAGCUUCAUGAACUUCAGGCCAAGAUCACUACUCUUAGUGAGAAACAGAAAAAAGUAGUCGAGCAGUUAAGAAAAGAGAUCUUGGUGAAGCAGGAGCCAGAGCUGAAGCGGCAGACAGUGCAAGCAGCAGUAGACAGUAAAGCCAUACUACUGUCACCCUCUUGUCAGCUCCAACAGCAUCAGCCCACAGGACAUACCCACAAGGCAGCUUCACAGAAAACCUUGACGGUCAAGCCGGUCAUCACCACGAAGACUCUACCUCUAGUGCUGAAAGCUGCCACAUCAAACAAGCCUGCUUCAAUGACAGCACCACGCCCUACUGUUGCCAUGGUCACUGCCAUCAGCAAUACACCUAGGCCUACCAUCAACCCUGACUCUCAAAAUACACCAGUUAAUCUUCAGGUGGCUAAAAAACCAGCUGGUCAGGACACUGAAGCUGCAUCACGCAUUCUGUCGAAGAACGUUAUUCUUGUGCAGGCCAGCAACAGCACGGCUCAUCCUAUCAAAGUUCCCCAGUUUGUCCCUCCUCCUAGACUGACGCCUCGGCCCACCUUUCUGCCACAGGUGCGCCCAAAAUCCACUGUCCCUAACAAUGUUCCCAUCGCCCCUGCUCCUCCACCCCCCAUGAUGGCAGCGCCACAGCUGCUUCAGAGACCAGUCAUGCUCACUACCAAGUUAACAUCUGCCCUCUCCACCUCGGCUGGCCCCAUCCACCAAUUGCGCAUCGUCAACGGUCAGCCAUGUGCCAUUCCCAAAACCACCACAACUUCUACAGGAACCAGCACAGGCCAGGUGACGGGCAUCGUUAUCAGUGCCCCCAUGCAAACACUACAUAUCCGCAGCUUAAACACAGACACAAAGACUGUGAAAUCUCAGGAGGGUUCAGAGCAGGUGCGCACAAACCGCCCUUCUUCAACUUCUCCUCCUCCUGCUCCUCCUCCAAAGGUUAAACGAGAGGAAAAUCCACAGAAACUUGCCUUUAUGGUGUCGCUCGGACUGGUCACACCUGACCAUUUAGAAGAAAUUCAUAGCAGGCGGCAAGAACGCAAAAGGAGAACAACAGCCAACCCUGUGUACAGUGGAGCAGUAUUUGAGCCAGAGAGAAAAAAAAGUACCGUCACCUAUCUGAACACUCCCCUUCAUACAGGAACGAGAAAGAGAGGUCGUCCUCCCAAAUACAGCAGCAGUGCAGCAGGGCCAGAGCUGGGCUGUCACCCCCUGCUCUCACAAUCCAGCAGUCAAACUGCCUCCCCAGCCGCCGAGCGGCCUGAACUUGGAGGCUUCCCCCUCCCCGUCCAUCCCCACACUCUCCCUCAGCCCAGCCCCAGCUCCGGGGAUGGAGACAUCCAUGAGGAUUUCUGCACUGUGUGCAGACGCAGUGGCCAGUUGCUCAUGUGCGACACAUGUUCGCGCGUCUACCACCUCGACUGCCUGGACCCACCCCUCAAAAACAUUCCCAAAGGCAUGUGGAUCUGUCCCAAAUGUAAAGACCAGAUACUAAAGAAAGAGGAGGCAAUCCCAUGGCCUGGCACCCUGGCCAUAGUACAUUCCUACAUUGCAUAUAAGGAAGCAAAAGAAGAAGAAAAACAGAAGCUGGAAAAGUGGAGUUCUGAGCUCAAACUGGAGCGAGAACAACUGGAACAGAGAGUAAAGCAGCUCAGCAACUCAAUAACAAAAUGCAUGGAGACCAAGAACAGCAUCCUGACCCGGCAAAAGGAAAUGCAGACCUCACUGGAAAAGGUGAAACACCUGGUGCGCCUCAUUCACAGUUUCAACUUGUCUCAGUCUGCAGAGCAGGAAGCAUCCCAAACCGAGAACAAGAUUGAUGGCUUUCAGGAGCCAAAGGGCACAGUGAAUGCAUGUGCCAACGCCUUGGGGUCUGGCCAAAAUCUUGCCCAAGUUGGUGCACAAGUUCCUGCUGCAGGCACGUUACCCAACGUGCAGACAGAGCCUGAAGUGGGUGAGCUGGCUGACCUAGCCACUGCAGUUACUCCAGAUUUAGAGCCAAGAGAAUCAACAGUAACUGAAACCAGUAACACACCAGUCAGUGAUCAGAAAGAUGUAGUAAAGCUGGUGAAGCUAGUGCAAGUUACUGAUAUCAAAGCAAAUGGUGACACAGACUCUCAGAGCAACGGCAAGGAAGAAAAAAACAUUGUAAAGGUUACGAAUCUGGAAAAUGCCACUCCUGGGAACCUGGUGAAUGCUGAAGAGGCAGAUAACAUGGAGGUAGAGCAGCAGGAGGAAAUGGACCAUGCAAAAAAUUCCAAUAAUGGUAAACCCACAGAACCCUCGCAACAGGUCUUGUCUGCAACACAGAGGUCUCUAAAUGAGACUCAGCUCCAGUCAGUGCAAUUAAGUACCCCUCUCCUUGUCCCAGACAUUUAAAACAUU